AUGGUACGUACAAAAUUGGAUAAUCGUAUUCGAACUGUAAUCGAAAAUGGCGUCAACACUGGGCAUCGUUCGAUGUUUGUUGUUGUUGGCGAUAAAGGAAAAGAUCAGGAGAACGAUCCUUUCGAUUUGUUCAUCUCCUCAACGCACAUACGCUAUUGCUAUUAUAACGAGACACAUAAAAUCCUUGGCAAUACUUUCGGAAUGCUUGUGUUACAGGAUUUUGAAGCAAUUACGCCGAAUCUUCUUGCUCGAACAGUGGAAACGAUCGAAGGUGGUGGUGUAAUUGUGCUGCUGCUAAAGAGUGUCGGUUCCCUGAAACAACUUUAUACAAUGACAAUGGAUGUUCACAGUCGUUUUCGAACAGAAUCACACAAAGAAAUUGUUCCACGAUUCAACGAGCGCUUUAUACUGUCGUUGGCAAGUUGCCGAAGUUGUUUGGUUGUUGAUGAUUGCCUAAAUGUUUUACCACUCUCGUCGCAUAUCUCCAACAUUGAUACAGUUCCAGCCAGUGCUAAGGUAUUAUUCUGUUGGGUGCUUCCAGAAAAACAGUAA